AUGACUGCGAAGCAUUUUAAAAGUCCAACAAUGAUAACUCUUAUAACGAUUUUAUUCGAAGUUAUAGACUGGGGACAUUUUACGUCAACAAGCUCUGCUUCCAACCCAAAUUAUUAUUUUUAUUAUGAUUCAUAUUACGCUGUUGAUGGCAAGAAGUUCAUGAAUGACAGUUUAGCAUUUUGUUCUCUCACCGUGCCAGGGUUCGAUCCCCAUUGGAUCGGCGUGGAUCUAAAGAAUUUGUUCACAAUAUUCUACACUAUCCUUUAUGCUGGGACAAAUCAUGCCGGUUUUCCAAAAAGAAACGAUCUGGACUACUUCAUAGUGGGAGUGAGUAACAGGUCUCUGGAUGUUCACCCGCCAGUGAGAGGCACAUUGGAUCUCUGUGCUCAAUACCCAGAUGUAGUUGCUUCGAAACAGGUGGUUCGAUUGAAUUGCUCUUCUACUACACCUCCAGCCAGAUACGUCAUACUGCUACAACCUUCCAACUCUACUGGAUACAUGUCUGUUUGCGAAUUUGAAGUCUAUGGAGUUCCCUAUGGAAGUAUGAAAUAUAAUAUUAACAGAUGUUUAGACAUUAAAUUUUUACCUCUAUUUAUAAUUUUUGAAGAAUUCAAAACCAACCUGCUACUGAAGAGUCCAAGCACGAGCAGUUCAUAUCUAACUGUUGGUUGUGGAAAUCUGACUGCUGCAUUGGUGGUGGAUGGAUUUCACGAUCCCUAUUUUAGUAACUGCCACUGCGGCAUCACAGCAGACACAUAUGGAAAACCAAAUUGGUUUAAAUUUGACAUGAAGACUGGUUACAACGUUGACUACAUUGCUUUCACGUCCAGACGUUGGGAAGAUCCACCGACCAAUAUGGACUUCUUAGCUCGCCUUUCGGACAACUUCACCAUUGGACUGACAAACGUUACCUCAACACCAGUGAGGAAUAAUUAUCCAUCGUGUGCUACCUGGCCAGGUUAUGUCAAAGUCGGGAGCAGAGUGGAAAUGAAAUGCAAUGCCAAUCUGCCCAAAUACAGAUACCUGAUUGCGCAAGCAAGUCCCACUGCAAGCGGGAAAUUCAUGAUUUGCGAGCUAGAAGCCUACGAGCCCACUGACGCGAGUAUUUAUUUUAUUUUCCAAUUUUCUGUUGUCUAA